AUGCCCCAGCGGGUAACCCUGCCCUGGCAGUCCGAGAUGCAUCUGGCUGGAAAGCUCGUCCUCUCUGCUGCUGCUCUGCUCCUCCUGACUUUGGCUUACAGGUUUUAUAAGUCCCGCUCGUUUGCCGGGGGGAAAAUCCCACCAGCUGAUAUGGCAGGUGAGGGACACACCCAGAGCACAGAGCAGGAUUCAGCUGUUGGGGACCCAAGGCAGAAGGCCGACGGGUGCUGGGGGACAAUCCAGACCCUCAGCAUCAUCUCAGACCUGGGGCUAACGAUGACGACAAGCAACGUGGGGUCAGAUGCCUCCUACUCUUUCUCCUCGGUGGCAAAGAUACAGGUGGAGGAGAAUUACAUCCCUGAGCAGGGGGUGAGGGACGGGGCUGGGCAGCCAAGUCCUGGCCUCAAAGGCAAAGUCUACGACUACUACGUCCAGUCCAUCUCCCAUUCAGUGUCAAAGAAGAAGACUUUCCCCAACAUCCCUCCUGGAAUAUCGCAGCACCGCAGCUCAGACAGGGUCAGUGAAGAGCUAAAUAGCUCUGCAACCCAGGAGCCAGAGCCAGCUUUGGUGGCACUGAAUCCCGUCACCUCCACCAUAGUCCCAUCACCUACAGAGAUCCUGGAGGUCUCCCCUGAGCCACCAUCUCCUGGCCGCAAGGACAGCAUCCUCCAGAUUGCAGACAGCCCCCACCUCCAGCUGCCCAUGGAGGGUUUUGGGGUUGCAGCACCAACCCUCACACCCCCAGCAAGCCCAGGGCUGACGGCUGAUGCCAACUUCUUCCAAAUGCCACCACCCGCCCACCUGGACCUGGGGAACUGCUACCAGGUCCUCCUCAUGGCCAAGGCUCAGAAGAAGGACGAUCUCCAGGAGGCUGCCUACAAGGUGAUGAGUGACAACUACUUGCAGGUGCUGAGGACACCCUCCAUCUAUGGCCGUCUCAACGCCGGCGAGCGGGAGCUCAUCCUGCGCCGGAGGAUGAAGGGGAAGAUGCACGUGGCCGUGGCAGAUGUCAACGUGCAGGAGCCCGGCCUCCACACCAGCCGCCUCUGCUACUACGACGACACGGGGGACAGCUGGCACCACCUCUGCCACGUCCCCCCGGAGGUGGUGUCCCGGGGCUGCGCCAUGUGCAACAUGUUCAACUACCUCUUCGUGGCCAUUGGCUGCGAGGGCACAGGCCGCGGGCAGAGACCCUCCAACCGCGUCUUCUGCUACAACCCCCUGACCAACAUCUGGAGGGAGAUCUGCCCCCUGAACCAAGCGCGGCCCCACUGCAAGCUCGUGGCCUUGGACGGCCACCUCUACGCCAUCGGCGGCGAGUGUCUCUACACGGUGGAGCGCUACGACCCCCGGCAGGACCGCUGGACCUUUGCUGCCCCCCUGCCCCACGACACCUUUGCCGUGGCCCACAUGGCCACGGUGUGUGACGGGGAGAUCUACGUGACGGGGGGCACCCUGCGCUACGUCCUGCUGCGCUACUCUGCCCGCUCCGACAGCUGGAGGGUCAGCCUGGUGGGCGGGGGCAAGGACAGGACGGUGGAGUUGGUGAGUGCCAAUGGCUUCAUCUACCGCUUCGACCUCCACCGCAGCGCGGGCAUCAGCGUCUACCGCUGCGGAGCCAAGGCCAAGCUGUGGUACCAGUGUGCCACCUACCCCAUGGCCGACCCGUCCAGCUUCCAGUGCGCCGUGCUGGGCAGCCUGGUCCACUGCGUCGGCCGGCACUUCCAUGUGCGCUUCUUGGCCGACCACAUCUCACCACGCUUCGGGACCAAGGAGCUGCAGCCCUUCCCAUCGCCCCGCGGCAGCCUCCUGCUGGCUGUCCUGGUGCUGCCUGAGGGAGGAGUGGUGCAAACACAGGUUUGA